AUGUCAGCACAGAAAGUGUGUAUCAUAACUGGCUCAAGUUCAGGCCUUGGGCUUCUAGCGGCGAAAAAAUUAGUCGCUAAAGAUUUCUAUGUCAUUUUUGCGUGUCGGGAUGAGAACAAAACAGUUCGUUUGAUUGAAAACUUGAGAGAACAAUCGGGAAGAUCAAAUUUUGAAUUCAUGGAAUUAGAUCUUGGCUCAUUCGAUUCAAUCAAACGAUUUGUCGCUAAUUUUCAUAAGAAAAAUCUUCCGUUGAACGUAUUGAUCAAUAAUGCAGGAAUCUUCUCUAAAACUUUCAAGAAAUCCAAUGACGGGAUUGAAUAUACCAUGGCAGUGAAUCAUCUCGGACAUUUUUUACUUACGAAUCUACUGUUAGAUGAUUUGAAACGUUCAUCUCCUUCAAGAGUAGUUGUCGUAUCGUCCAAACUUCAUGAUCCCAAUGUACGACACGGUUCACCGAUAAAUUUCAAAUGGAGUUUAGAAGAAAUCAACAAUGAAAAUGAAUAUGAUCCAAUGAGCGCUUACAAAAAAUCGAAAUUAGCCAAUGUAUGGUUUGCGUAUGAACUAGCUCGAAAGUUAGAAGGUACAGGUGUUGCUGUUCAUGUUCUUUGUCCAGGAUUUGUUCCUUCGACAGGUUUGAAUAGAGAUGCAAAUAUCUUUCAACGAUUUUUCAUGUCGUAUAUUUUAUCUCUGUUUCCAUUUACACGAACCGAAGACUUUGGUAGCGAAUGCGAAGUGUUCGCAGCAAUAUCUGAUACACUCGAUGGUAAAACGGGAAUAUUCAUGUCAGACAUGAAAGAAACACGAUCAAGUGAAGAAUCGUAUGAUGUCGAAAAAGCGAAACGAUUUUGGAAGCUAAGCGAAGAAUGGACACAUCUGAAUGCUUGA